UAUAGCAACCAAAUAAGUAGCUCCAAAAAACAUUUCACUUGACACAAGCACAACAAACACAACAAACACAACGCCUACACAAGACUAACCGCACUUCACUGACCCACGCAUUUAGAAGACAUCCUGGGUUAAGUGUUUCAGCUCUCGAUUGUCCUGUGUAAGGAUUCGUUUUAGUUGAAAGAUGGAUUCAAGCGACGAAAGCGGAUGCCGAUGUGUUGGGGGAAACAGCAUCGAGAUCGGAGUGGCGCUGGAACUUCCACGCGAAAGAAAAUCCGGAGGAAGUGGACGAAAGCGUCACUUCGAUCCCCUAGCUGUUCGAGGCAUCCAUGCGGUGGUACUGAUCCUUGUAUUACUUUCACUUACUAUGCCAAAUUUUGCCCAGGAUCCUGGUGCAGAAACAGGAACGACUGUGGGGAAUGGUACUGGAACUAAUAAUACUGCUAAUGUCGUUUGGCGUGAGGGAUACCCGGGCGACGGUACAACUCACGAGCAACUUGGACAGAACCACUGGCCUUCCGCCGAGUACAGCCCAUACCGUGGUUCCGGCAGCUAUUCCCGGGAGCUAGGGGCGCCACAAAAAGCUCUGAGUGCCAUUAAUACAAUAACGCACUUCAUCUUGCGGUCGUUUUUAUCCGACCUGCCUCCGGGCUAUGUUACGUCGACGGAUAACAACAAGUUGGCUCUCGGCCCCAAGGUGUGGAAGAACGAUUGGGCUGCUCUGUUGGCUCAGUACUGGUUUCUGGUAGUUGUCGUGAUAUUCCUCCUCGUCUGUAUCAUUAUCAUUCCGUUUAUUGGUGUCUGCUAUUGCUGCUUUUGCUGCUGCUUACGUUGCAAGCAACAUAAGACAUCCGAGAACUUCCGGAGGCGCCGACUUUACGGAGUUUGCCUUGGCCUGCUCGUCGUUAGCCUUAUGUUUUGUCUUUUGAUAAUGUUUUUUGCGAACAAGUUCCUGGAUCGUGGACUAGCGGACAGCAAUAAGACAAUGAAACGUGCUAGUCAGGACCAUUGCACCUUUUUAACAAAAGUGGCUGAUCACAUCUACCAUUUGAUGGUGUACAAUUACCAGGAGCUGGAGGCCCACCUCGAUGAACAACUAAGUUCCGCAAGUAAUCACAUAUUCCUGGACGUGGGAGAUACUUCCGAGAGCAAUGCGCUGAUUGAAAUGGAGCGCAUCUUGGUCAACAUGCCGAGAGCACUUAUGAUAAUGUCACAAGUUGAUGACUUAGAGAAGAAUAUCCGUUUGCUUGGGUCCCAGCUUAGAGAUGGUUUGCGGGGCCAGAAACGAGAUCUCAGCUACGCUGCUUAUGCUUUGUGCCAUUUGCCAAAAUGCUAUAAGUUCAACCAUGACAUGGGUAUAACGACUUACGAUGUUUCAAAGUGCCUGCACUUCGACCUGGUACUAUCUUUUCCCUACACAGUACCCACAGAGCUGAACACUUAAUUAUAA